UGCACAUACACACAUGCAGAGGCAAGCUCGGAGCCAUAUCUCAUUACCAUUCUACUGAUAGUGCAGCCAGUGGGUGUUGCAAGAGGAGGAGAGAAGGAGAGCAAGACAGUGAGCUUUAGAGAGGGACAGAGAGAGAGAGAGAGAGAGAAGGGGGGUCGGGGUGAGGACAAGCAGGGAACCAGAAGCAGUGCUAAGGAGAAGGGAGAGCACGAGCACUCCACAAAGAUAACAGGAAACACAGGAGAUACGUGUGGGAGCAGCGUAUCACUAAAAGAAAAGCAGAGACAGAGCUGGGGAUUCAGAGCCUGCAAGUCCAGCGUGCCUGUAGGUCUGUCUGUGUUCCAGCUCGGUGCGUUUCCACGGAUCUCCUGAGGCCGUGGCAGCCAUGGCAUCAGACCCUAGCACCCAGUCCAGGGUGAUGUUCCAGGCAACAGACAAAGCAGAGGAGCCGGCGCACCGCAAACUUGGCAAGCUGACAGUCAAAUACAACCGCAAGGACCUGCAGAAGAGGCUGGAUAUCGAGGAGUGGAUCGACGGGCAGCUGCACCUGCUGUUUGACUGUGAGGAAGAAGAGAUCCCAGAGUUAGAAAUCGACAUAGACGAGCUCCUGGAGCUGUCGGAUGAGGGGCAAAGAACCCGGCUGGAGGAGUUGUUGCAAGAAUGCGGGAAGCCAAAAGAGGAUUUUAUCAACGGGCUGCUCUACAGGAUAAAGGGUCUACGUAAAAUGUCAGGUCCACUGAAGAAAUAAUUGUAGGUCAAA